GGCUCGUAGUGGCUAAUGGCGUGCGUUGGCGGGGUGUGUAGUAAGUGUGCACGUGUUAUUACGCUGUUUAUGGCGGCGCGAGGCUUUUGUGGCGCACUUGUAGCAAAUUCCGGGAAGCCACAGCAGGAGGAAGGAACAGUGGCGAGGAAAUGACUGUUCCCUCCUCCCCCCUUCCCCCCCUCCCCUUUCCUCCAAGAUGGCCGCCGAGGAGGAGUAGGAGGGAAGGGAGAGAUGACUUACCUGGUGAUGACCGGCACAGCAGGCGUGCGUGGGGGUGACUGCUGCAUACACACCACCUCCUGAUGCCCCGACGAGCAGCAGGCCACCCGCCACACCCGCCCACACCGCCCCCCGCGGCUACCGAUGGGGGACGGCGGGGGCGGGUGGGGUGGGUGGCGUUGGUGGGUGUGGUGGUGGUGGCGGUGGUGUUGCAGCGUCCGGUGUGUGCGGUGCCCAUCUUCUAUGAGUCAGCGAGGAUGUCAGCACUGAGGCUGCCGGAGACCACGGAGGUUGGUGAGCUGAUCUACCAACUGCGUGCCUCCUACACUGACACCAGGGUGCCGCUCCUCUUCAGUGCCAGCGGGGAGGACCAGAGCGUGAUAUCCAUAGAAUCAAAGGACGACUACGGCCUGGUGUACCUGAGGGAGCGGCUGACAUCUCGGAGGAACUACACGUUUAUCUUGACAGUGCAGACGAAGAUACCCACAGAAGUGAACAACGAGGGCCUGACGGAGGUGCCUGCCAGAAUCAUCCCCACUAACGGCAGGACUCCUACCUCUGACAUCUUCCUCAAACACACCUCCGCCAGUGUGGUGCCCGAGGAUGCAUCAGUUGGUCAAUUUAUUACAUCUGUUAUAGUGAAAAAGAAGAGAGACGGUCCUGCUGUCAGCUUCAUGUUAUUAGGGGACACAGCGAGCCUCUUCAAGAUCUCCGCCGGCCUGAACUCUUUCGACAGCUGGCGGGCCGAGGUGGUGCUCCAGGGCCAGCUGGACUAUGAGACCCGUAACCUACACCCUCUUGAAGUCUGCGCUAAGAACCCAUACACCAAUGAAAGGUUUGACACUCGUAACAUUGUGUGUGUGAGUGUCAGUGUGUUGGUGGAGGACAGACAGGAUCGACCCCCCUUCUUCCUUCACGCCCCCCCUAUCACCAGGAUCACCAGCGAGACUCUGAAGGAUGACGAGCUGGUAAGGAUACAGGCGCGGGAUGGUGACCAGGGAAAGCCGAGGGACAUUAGGUAUACUCUACAGGCAACCUCGUCUCAAUAUGCAUCCUUCUUCGCUAUUAACAGAGAGACAGGUUCCAUCACGCUGGAGAACACGGUGAACAGGCUGCUGGAGGCUAUGGUGACCUUUGAGCCCAUCCUGGUGACGGUGACGGCUGUGGAGUUGGAGGAGGAAAGGACACGGGCGCCCAGGGAGUCUUAUUCGAGCUCUGUGGAGAUUGCUUUUGUUAUAAUGGAUAGUGACAUGAUGAUACCCAAGUUUACGUAUCAACAGUACGUGGGCGAGGUGAGGGAGAACAGCCAGCCAGGAACAGCCGUCACCUUCCCGGACGCAUCCUUCCUCAAAUCCGGUUUGAAGGGAGUGUUUUCGCUGCGUCUGGAGGGUGACGAGGGCAUUUUCACAGUGGAGCCCAGCGUGGUGCGGGACAGCGGUGACAUCAGCAUUAAGGUCAAGAACACUGCGCUGCUGGACUAUGAAGAGAGGCCACACAUUGAGUUCAAGAUGAUAGCGAGGCAGGUAUCAGGGUCAGGACAGUCCUCCAGCAGUGCCCAGAUAAGAGUGAACCUGGUAGACCUAAAUGACAACUCCCCGGUAUUCACCCAGAGUGUCUAUCGAGCAGAGGUCUACGAGAAUAUUACUUCAGGGACUUCCAUUAUAAGGGUGGAGGCAAGGGACGCAGACGGCGGCUCCUUUGGCACAGUGAGGUACACGAGGCUGGAGGACAUGGCGGACAGGAUGGAGCUGGACGCGUAUUCUGGCCUCAUCUCUCGCAACAAUGACAUUCUUUCCUUCGAUCGGGAGAGGAAGGCAGAGCUUCACCUUCGAGUGAGGGCCACAGAUAACAGCGGCGCGGGCAACGAGGCUCACACGGAUGUUAUCUUGGUGCUGCGCGAUGUGAAUGACGAGGCUCCAGUGUUCCAGCAUACAGUGUACCAGGGGGUGAUGAAGCCCGACCAGACGGGGCUCAGAUCUCCUAUACAAGUGCAGGCUGUGGACAGGGAUGCUGAAGAACCAAACAACCAAGUGAGGUAUAGACUCGAUCCUUCCUCCUACUCCUCCUACUUCAGUGUGGACGCUUUGACGGAGCUCAAAGUUAUCCAAGCUCUCUCCUACCCCCAGGUCUCCUCCAUCUCUGACCCGAGGGACCAGCGAACAUAUGACGAGGAGGUGAUCAAUCUGGCCAUCACGGCGUACGAUCUGGGAACCCCCCAGCAGACGCAGAGUGUUCCGGUGCAGGUGUUCCGCGAGGAGUUUGUGGACCGGUUCAUUACUUUCAUCUAUCCGAGGCCCAAGAUUGAAGUGGAGCUCAAGAGGGACGAGAUAGAGACGAUGCUUCGAACACUGACUGGCGGGAACACUCAAAUACGAACCGUGGAACACUUUACAACCCAGGACACUUCGAGGUUCCCAGACGCCCUUCCUUAUGAACCAGUCAAGAGCAUCGUGACAGCGCUGGUGCGAAACAACGUCAACACUGUGGUGGACAUCGAGAAGAUCCUGAAGCAGCUGAAUGGAACACAGCCGGUGGCCUGCAGGCUGGAGGGCGUGCAGCUCACCAGCGUGCAGGAUGAGCGGGACUCUUACCUGGCUGGCGUGGUCAUCCUGUGUGUGCUGCUGGCCCUCAUCUUCCUCCUCAUCAUCCUGUGCUACAUGUGGUCCAUCUGCCCUCUGUACCGCGUCAGGAAGAGCCGCAAGGUGGUGGCGGACGAGGGCGGGCCUGACUCUGAGCGUGUGUCAUACAUUCGCGUGGACGAGCGCGGCGGCUACCGCGGCUACGAGGAGGAACGCACCUGGUGGGACUACCUGCCCGCCUGCUGCACGGACGCGGCGCUGUACCUGGGGGUGACGCCCCCAAAGCGUGGCGGCGGCCGCAUGGCGUGGAGCGGUGACGAGCGGCAGCGCUACUGGCAGUUUGGCGGCGGGGGCGAGGGCGUCCCCGUGGAGAGAGUGAUAGGGACGCGUCGGGCCGGGGGACGUGAUCUGGUGUUGCUGGAGGACCUGGAUGAGGCCCGUCUGCAGCAGCAGCAGCAGCAAGGCGGUGCAGGCCGCGUGCUGCGUGUCGACUCCCGCAACUCCUUCACCUCGCAGGACCCGCGCCGCACCUUUAUCCUGCGUGACGCGCGCGGCCUGCCCCGCCUGCCCGACACGGUGCGUGAGGGCGAGCACUAUUUGGUGGAGGACGUGGACGGCUCCCCGCGCGGCGUCAGGAUGGACGACCCGCGCCUGCGCCUGGAAGACCCACGCACAUUGCGGGUGGAGGAGCCGCGGCCCGCGCCGCCACCACCGCCCGCAGCCGAGGAAGACUCAUCUUACGCUCGGCCGGGAAACGGGGAGGACCUCCGACUUCACGCCAGCCCGCCCGGCGCCGCGCCCCGCGAUGACGGGGCCGCGGGCCGGCGGGGCCGCCCACCCAGGCAGGCUGGCGGGGGGCCGGGGGGGAACAGGACGACGGAGGGGACGAGGCGCGCACUCAGACAUGAGGACGCGGGGGGCGGGGAAGGGGGGGGCGGGGGCGGCGGGGCCAGCCCCCCCCUAACAGACGUAAUGAUUCAAACGGAGGUUCACGGGGCCGCGGUGCCCGCAGGGGCACCCGCCGUGCCCCGCCUUCGAAUCAGGACACCGAUACAGGAGGAGACGAGCAGCCUGCUGGAGGCAGAGGCCAGCCGCUCCUCCAGACGCGAGACGCAGCGGUCCAGGCGACCGACCCGCCAGGAGGAGGAUGGUGGGGGGGCUGGGAGCCCCGAGGAUUGGUCCAGCUCGGCGGGGCGGCGGUCCACGCGCCUGGCGCAGCCCGCCAACUCUCUCUACCAGCACAACAAGGCUUCUAUUAUGCGCUUCGAGACCAACAAGGCGCGUAUGGAGGAGGGCGCCGCACAGGAGGCCGCCGCGCCCCGCCGCGCCGCCACUACUUCAGCUCCAGAAGGCCGCCGCUCCUCCAGCCUGGACGGGCGGCGUUCCCACAGCCGGGCUGGGGGGGAGGGGGCGCGCCGGGCCCCGGGGUCGGGUCCACCUGGCCUGGCGCGGCGCGGGUCGCUGCCCUCCCUCUCCCUGGAGACUACCGGGCUGGAGCGGGAGGCCGCGCAGCGAUCCUUGUCCCGGCGGGGAUCGCCGGGCCCCCAGGACCUGCCCGCCGCUGACGGCAGGUCCAGACACUCCUCGGAGGAGGACGACGAGGACCCCGGGGGUCGCCGCUCCAGGCCGCGGGCCAACGCGAGGUACAUGCAGUGGUACAAUCGAAUGCGAGACCGAGGCCACCACGAUCCGCGUCUCCCUGACGACCCACGCCUCCACGACCCCCGCCACCACGACCCCCGCCACCACGACCCUCGCUACCCUGAGGACCCGCGCCUGUACGAUCCUCAGUACCAGGACCCACGGUAUCAGGACCCACGGUACCAGGACCCACGGUACCAGGACCCACGGUACCAGGAUCCGAGGUACCGUGACCCGCGCUUCCAGGAUCCCCGCUACCCUGACCCCAGGCUGCAGGACCUCCGCUUCCAAGACCUCCCGCAUCAGGACGAUCCUCGCCUUCAGGACCCGCGAGUUCAGGAGCAGCGGUUCGAGGAGCCGCGGCUGCCGGAGGCUGAGGCGCGUCUACUGCAGCAGGAAUUCGUGGGGCCACGGGGGCCUGACGAGCGGAGGGCGCGGGUUUCCGAGGCGCGGCAGGCGGCGGAAGGGUCUGAGUCCAGGCCCGCGGCUCCCAUCGAAGGCCCGCCGCUCCCAGCCCCUGACGGCAAGGACCCGCAGGUGGAGGCUGACCUGCGAACCCUGCUGGAAGAGGAGGCGGCGCGGGGCGCUGGCGGAGGUAGCCCUGAGGGGGGCGUGGGGCGUGUGCGGCGGCCCAGGAACCACCUGCUGGAGAAGAAGAGCAUCUUCACCAUCGCAUACGAUGACAUGCACACCAGUAACCUGAGGCCUGAGAGUGCCGCCCCCAGCGAGGCGUAGCGUGUGUGUGUGUGUGUGUGUGUGUGUGUGUGUGUGUGUGUGUGUGUGUAUGCGCGCGCGCGCCCGCGUGCGUGCGUGCGCGCGCGUGCAUGCGUGCGUGCGUGCGUGUGUGUGUGUGUGCAAGUAUAAGUGUGUUUCUUCUCUCUCUCUCUCUCUCUCUCUCUCUCUCUCUCUCUCUCUCUCUCUCUCUCUCUCUCUCUCUCUCUCUCUCUCUCUUUCGUGUGUUACGUACAAACUCAACACAAAAUUAAGCUAAAAAUGUUAAUUCUUUAAGCUACAACUUUAAUUAUAACAAUAAAUCAUAAAUAAUAAUAACGAUAAUAAUAAUGAUAAUAAUAGUAACCAUGAAUAAUAGUACUAAGGAUAAUGAUAAGGGAAGGAAGAAGAAGAGGAGGAGGAGUUACUAUCAAAUUCCUUUACUUUUUUAUCAUCAUUACAACUCUCAUAAAUAAAUUGUAACUUAUAUUCCGUUCUUAUGUCUUUCCUCAAACUUUUCACCUGAUAUUUGAUUCCUUUCCUGUACUCUCUUAUCAUAUUUUCUUUCUCCCUUUUCUCUCUCUCUUUUCCCCCUCCGUGCCUCUGUCUUUCCUUACAAAUAGUGCGAUAAGGCUAACCAAACCGUGUACUAGUAUUACUAACAACACUUUACUAAUAAAAGUACCGAGGGAAA